AGAAAUAAAAAAAUGAAUUCAAAAAAGACAACCCCACCUCAACUCCUCUAUUAAUAUUCCCAUCUCAGCUGAAAAUCAGACCAUUCUAUCUGUCCUUGAAGGGAAACCUUAGCAUCCAUACAAAGUUAGGGAGAGCACAAAGAAAAAAAGGAGUGCUCUUUAUGAGAGUAUCUCAAGAGAGCUGAAACAAAAAACAACAAACAGGGUUUGCUUGUUCAUUGUUUCUUCUUCUGUCUUCCUUCUUACCAUCGUCGUCAUCGCCAUCGUCAUGUGCAACCAAAGCACCAGUGCUACCCUCCCCACCAUAUCUACUUCAACUGAGAAAUCAUCCCAAACCCACCUCUAUUUCGAUCUUCUACCACUCCCCAACUCCCUGAAACACCCUGAAAUGCAUCAGAAAGCAGAAGAACCGGAAUACUUACACCCUUCAAUCUCAGAGAUCAUAACAGAAACUAAAUCACUCUUCAAUCUAGCCUUUCCCAUAGCCCUAACCGGUCUCAUUCUCUAUUCUCGUUCCAUCAUUUCCAUGCUCUUCCUUGGCCAUCUUGGCGAUAUCCAACUGGCCGCUGGCUCAUUAGCUAUAGCCUUUGCUAACAUCACGGGCUACUCAGUUCUCUCUGGCCUUGCUUUAGGUAUGGAACCUCUCUGUUCCCAGGCCUUCGGUGCUCAAAGACCUAAACUUUUAUCUUUAACCCUCCACCGCUACGUUAUUUUCCUCUUAUUCACUUCCAUAUUAAUUUCUUUUCUUUGGAUAAACAUGUUCAACAUUUUAGUUUAUCUUUAUCAAGAUCCUAACAUCACCCGCAUCGGCCAAACGUACUUACUCUUUUCCCUCCCUGACCUCUUCACCAACUCUUUCAUUCACCCAAUCCGCAUUUACCUUCGCGCUCAAGGCAUCACCCACCCGCUCACUUUAGCAACUCUCAUCGCCACCAUUCUCCAUUUACCCAUCAACCUCUUACUCGUCUCCCAUUUCAACUUCGGCGUCGCCGGCGUCGCCGCUUCCGCUUCCAUCUCCAACUUCUUCGUCCUCAUCUCCUUAGUUGCUGGCAUUUGGGCCUCAGGCCUACAUGAGCCCACGUGGGAAAAGCCCAGUUUGGAGUGUUUAACUGGCUGGAAGCCGCUGCUCAAGCUAGCCGGGCCGAGUUGCGUUUCGGUUUGUCUGGAGUGGUGGUGGUAUGAGAUCAUGAUCGUUUUGUGUGGGCUUUUGGUGAACCCCAAGUGGUCGGUUGCUUCGAUGGGGAUUUUAAUCCAAACGACGUCGUUGAUAUACGUUUUCCCUUCUUCUCUCGGUUUCGCUGUUUCGACUCGCGUAGGUAACGAACUAGGGGCAAACCGUCCUUAUAAAGCGAGAUUAUCCGCUGUGGUAGCGGUGUUCGUAUCAGCCAUGAUGGGCCUAUCAGCUUCAAUGUUCGCGUCAGGGAUGAGGGAUAAAUGGGCCCGGAUGUUCACUUCUGACUCAGAGAUCCUACGGCUGACAUCCAUUGCCCUUCCCAUCCUAGGGCUAUGCGAGCUUGGGAACUGUCCGCAAACGGUGGGAUGUGGGGUCCUCAGAGGGAGUGCACGUCCUUCCACCGCAGCUAAUGUGAACCUUGGUGCAUUCUACUUGGUGGGCAUGCCCGUGGCAAUUGGGCUCGGGUUCUAUCUCGGAGUCGGGUUUGCAGGUCUUUGGUUGGGCCUACUUUCGGCCCAGGUGUGCUGUGCUGGGCUUAUGUUGUAUGUGGUGGGGUCCACUGACUGGGAACUACAAGCUAAGAGGGCCCAGAUGCUGACGUAUGUAGAUACAAGGCAACCAGAGGAUUGUGAUAACAAAAAGGGUGAGGAAGAACAGCCGUUGAUAUGUAUUCUGGUGACGCCGGCCGCUUAAUUAACCCUAGUUAAUUAGUAGUAAAAUUAGGGGCUGAUAUGUAACCCCCUUUUUCCUUGGUUUUUAUUUUAUUUUUUUCACUUUCUCAGGAGUUUGAGGUUGUGAAUUAUUUAUUUAUUUUUAGUGAGGAGAGAUGGGGUUGUUAGUUGCGUAAAAAGAUAAAAGAAAAGUUUUGUUUGUUCUGCUC